AUGCAAGUCACCAUCCCAUCACCACAGCGCUCGCGCGCAUCGUCAGGAAGCAAAUCGCCACUUUCCCUCGACCUUUCGGACCUGCCGCCGCUCGUCCAGCCGUCGCCGCCGUCAAACACGCUCAUCAUCACAAACCUCCUUGCGCCUGAGAUCUUCCAACCCGCCACCCUGAUAGAAAUCCGCCAAACAAUCGACACCCACGCAAAGGUCCACACAUGGGCGCCCCUCAAGUCCUUCAAGCGCAUCGUCGUCUCCUUCUUCAGCACGCAGGAUGCCAUCACCAUCCGACAAACGCUCGAUGGCGAGACCAUCAUGGGCUACCGCAUCCGCGUUUACUUCGGCAUCGACACGCCCAUGAACCCCACCGACCAGCACCUCCCGCUCCCUAAGAGCGACAAGCUGUUCUUUAUCUCCCCACCGCCGAGCCCGCCCAUGGGCUGGGAGAUGCGCGACGAGGACGCCCCGAACAAGCUUGUGCACCCUGAGGAUCUCGCAGAGGCGCUGGCAAAACUCCACGCGCACCCGUAUGACGCUGCGUCGCCCAUGUCGGACGCUGAGAAGUCGCCCAUCACCAGACGCCGCACUGGCAGCACGGUCGUUGUAUAUCAUCCAGAGGACCACGGCGACUCGCCGCAGCUGCCUGCUAUUUCCGUCGAGGAUACAACAGAAACCCCGCAGCCGCUGACGCCAGACGCGAUGGAGGGCGUCGAGGGUCCGAUUGCGACAGAGAAGUCGAUGGGGCGGAAUGUCAGCACUGCGAGGCCGCCGGUCGAGUUCAUGCACUGA